CCAACCAGUAUACACAGACACAGUGUACAGAGAGUUACAGUCUGAUAGUUACCUGGACAAACAUAGACAGAUAGAUUUUUAACCACACUGACAUCCAACAGGACCUCUAAUUAGUUCUUAACUGCUACGUCCACCAAAGUGUAUAAAGAUGGAGGGGAAGAAUGACAUGGAGCGCCUGGGUGUCUUUAAGGAGAUGAGUUACAUCUCUGUAGGUGACAAGUACAUUCCACACACCAACCGCCCGUUCAAUGAAUCAGCCUAUCGUAGCCGGCAGAUGCAGGCCGGCAUCGCUAAGCAACGAUGUGCUCUGCAGAACGGCUUUUUCGACAAGACCUUCAACCGGAUUUUUGAACGUGAGGCACUGAGUGACCCACUGAAGCUGGCCCGUCAGAAGCGCCUAGAGCAGGGCAAGAAGAACCUGGACAAGGCCUUCCUGCCCUGUAACGCAGUCAAGAAUCCCUGUGGUUCAGGUAGUUACUACGGUACUCUGUCAGGACCAGUUGAAGCCAUGAGUCCACUGUCAGUCCCUCGGAAAACCCAUCGCCCACCUGGACGCAACAUUUUCACCUCGCCUCCCAAGAAAGGCAGUGGUUACAGCUAUCCCAACGUGACCCUGUCCAAGAUUGAGCUGUAUGCCUCAGACCCUUACGGCAGAGCCAAAGAAGCACUGAAGAGGGAGGCAACAGUCCAUCGCUCCAAGUUAAGAGGGGGUCCCUUCAAACUCAACCUUCACCCCAGCGAUUAUUUCCAAGGCAAUCCAUACCGCAGUGACAAGCCACUCCCACCCGCAAACAAGGCCGUCCCACCCGGACAGAAGGUCUCUCCGGUUCCCUUCAAGCCCCCGUCCCCGAGCAAGAAGAUUGGAGGAAUGAAAGCCGGGACGUUUGACACUUAUCCCUCACAUUCUGCUGACCCGUACGUCAUUCGACGCUCCAAGAAGAGCAAUCAAGAGCCAGUCUUCAGACCUGCUCCUGGGCCCAAGAGCACACCUGUCAAGAGCAUCAUCACUGUCAAUGUUAACAGGAGCGUGCACUCUGCAAACUACACCUCAGCCAUUCCAACUGUGAUGACCGUCUGACUACAUUACCCAUGCUGCAUCAUCACUGGCUUCUCUAUACUGCAGAAGUGAUUUGAGAUUCCUGCUGAUGUUAUGCUUCAAGUUUUUGUCAACAUGAAGGCAAUACAGCUUCAGCCAUCCUCAGUGACUUCAUCUGUGAACAUUUGCUUCUUUGUCUUUCUGUUUAUAUAUAAUAUAUUUAUACAUAUGUAAUGUUUGGAAUAUCACAUACAGUAAGAAACGGGAGUUCAAAUAAAUUCUUUAAAUCCGUAACAAGAUGAUUUUAUUAGGUAAUAAGUAAGGUAAUUGGGUAAUCAGGUACUGCAGAUCAGGCUGCAAAGUGAACUUUAAUGAUGUCAACAACAACCUAUUGGUUAUCUCAUGAGAGGUGACACGUUGAUUGGAAAAGAAAAGAAAGAAAACACACUCACUGAAUGAAAGAGAAUAUUUCUUAAACAUUAAAAUGUAUAUUUUUCUUUUAAAAUGAGAGAGUUCACAUUGCUUUCACCUCUCUCUCCAGAGGAGGACAUACUGGCUCAUAACAUCAGCAACAUAUUGAUUAGUGUACAGUAUGAUGAUUUAUUUUGUUUCCUCUCUGUAAUCUCUGAAAUAAAUAUAAAAUCACAUGAAACAUGAUGGGUUUGUCCA